GGGGGCUCACGCACCAUGGACAUAGUCCGAAACAAUAGCAAAAGUGUUUCGCCGUCCGAAUACUGCAAUGUAUAUGGCAGUCGUGUGGAGCAAGCUGUCGAUGCCUUCAUGGAUCGAUUGGGAGGUCGACUCGGUGAAUUGGAGGUUGAGCUCCGAUACGCUUGGAGGGCAGUUGAUCUUCUGUCCCAGGAAUACGUCAAAAUGUGGGAGAAGCUGGAGAGGCUGGAAAUAUUGCUCUACGAGCAGCAGAAUGUCAUCACUCAACUUAUGGCUGUCAUUAAAAACAGCGGGGAAGAUCCAGAGGAGUAUUUAAGCUCGGUAAGUGAUCCUAUUCUGAAGGAGAGGCUUCUCUUAAAGCAUGGAGCUUCAAGCGAAUUAUCCGAUAGUGAUAUUUUGGGUGCUUUUGGGACAUCUGAGGAUUCCAAAUACCCGGGAUACCAAUACGCUUCUAAAUACAUGGAUCCUUCGACUGCAUCCGAGACGUCAGAAUGGGAAGGAACUAGCCAAGGUAGUCCUGGAUAUUUUCAUCCAGAUCUUUUGCAAUAUCCCCGUCGAGAAAUAUUUACGGCAUCGGACUACAAAAGGUACAGGGGUGCCUCUCCAUGUAUUAGUGAAAGAGACCUAGAGGAAUUAGACCGCCUUUCAGCAAAUUUGCAUAAGGCCUCCACCUCGACUACCAGUACUACAGCUAGAGAAGUGUAUAGGACAUUAAGUAAUAUCCGUAACAGUCCUUUGCGUAAGCGGGACCAUGGUGUACUUGGCGAUGAUCCCGCCAGCAGUUUCGAUCCAGAUAAUGUUUCCCAAUACAAAUUGUCAGCUUACGACGAUUUCGCUAAAGCGUCUGCUCUCAUCACCGAUGUCCAUAAUUUAGACAAUACUGAUAGCCUGAGGUUCACAUCAGACUUGGUAACAAGUGCCAAAGGUAGCAAUGAUAUCAGAGAUAGUUACGGCAACAUUGAGUCUUGGUCCGAGUCUUCUGCCAGUCCCAAAAGGAGCUUAGGAAUGGGAUAUUACUCUCAACCCCCUAUAGUAGUAGCUCCUACCCCACCAGAUCGAAGCGUCAGUGAGGCCUCCAAUUACACUGAUGUUAAUUAUUUAGGACACACUGUAGAGGAAAGACAGAAGGGUCAUGCCCUCACUCCUGUGACAGAAAUAAGUCCUGAGUAUGCAACGUCCGAUACAGCUGGGAAUGGUGAAUCGCGGAGCCCUGAGUCUCUGCAAAAAUUAGAUGUUGUUUCGGAUGUAACAACAUCUCCUAUGAGUCCCGGAGAUCCUACGAAAACAGUAAAAGCAGAAGUUCAUUUAACCGAUAAAAGCAGAAUUUCGGAUGAUAGCCCUUUUUCAGAAAGCCUUCCGAAAACUUCUAAACAGGAACAGUCUCAAUUUCAUACCACUGCAACGAAUAGUGUUCAAAAGAAUAAGCAUCGACGUGGUAAAGAAUUACCCCAAAUACCGUAUCAACCAUGUAGGCUAAAAAAGUCCGAACUUUUAACUAGAACUGAACCAAUUUACCAGAAAGGAAGUACUAACACGUUUCCUCCUCCGAGGAACCAAAAGCAAACUAAGAGUUCGUCCCCUGCACCGGGUCGACGGAAACUUCCUCAACCAUAUAUUGAUAAGUCAGGUAAGAUAACUUAUGAUAGGUCUCAAGGUGUGAAACCUGCUACAUCUAUACCUGAUACUCAGACUUUGCUACAGCAGAAGCAGUUUGAGUCACUUCCCUUGCAAGUAGGCGAUCUUCAAAGUGUACCGAUUCAAUACGAUUCAAGCCAAACAUCUCAGAAAAUUUUAGUCCAGCCUCAUAAAGCAGAUUCUCCUCAAUACGAAAAUGUUGAUGUAACAGAGCUCUCUCCUGAGCAAAAUGACAGUGCUAAAUAUUCAACAGAAAACCAACAAACUUGCAAUUAUGACAAAGUUCAAAAUGAGCCUUAUUAUGUACAAGACGCAACUGAUGACCAAACAUAUCAAGAGCUUCCACCUGAGCCAAAUGAUAAGCAAUAUUCUUCUAAUUACUAUCAAGAUACCGAUAAUUCGCCUUAUGUUGCCGAGACUUAUAUCGAACAUAAUGUGGAUUAUCAAAACUCAUCUUAUGUUGACCAACCUGGAGAAAGUGUAGAAAUGAGUUAUGACUGGAAUUCUCAGUCGGAACAAAACUGGGAUGAUUCACAGCAAACGAGCUCUGAAUAUCGCUAUGAUAAUGAAAUGAAUGUAGCCCCAUCUCAACAACAGGAAUAUUUACAGCCUCAACAUGAUGAAUAUGGAUCAGAUGCAUAUGGAGAAAAUUCUCAGGUAUAUAGUGAACCACAAUACGCUGGUGCCUAUCAAGAACAUCCUUACGGAGAUUACAGCAGCCAACCAGAAUAUUCGAACGAGACAGAUUAUCAACAAGCCGGUUAUAACUAUGCCACUGAAAGUCAUCAAGAUAACUAUGGAUAUUCGUCCGAAGUUCAACAAGAAGAUUACACCGGUUAUGAAGGCAAUCAAUCACUAGGAGAACAGUCAACUGCAAAUUACUUUGGGAAUGAAGACGUGAUGUAUCCUGAAGACAUGGGCGAACAGCAAGUAGAUCAGUCUAUGAUUCCUCCAGAAAAACCUUUACGAGAACAUGAAAGAGUGGCAAAAAAUGAGAGAUUCACAUCAUCUACUCUGCAUAAAGGAUAUUCCCCUCAAAGAAGUAGCAAACGUCGCCGCCAAAGACAGUAUUCUGAUCCAGUUACUCUUUCAAAUACCAUUCUCAGUCAAACGCAAGUGACUUCUUCAGGAACUAUCACUCAAUCUACAAAAGAACUGUCUAGUUCUGCUACAAGUGUGGCGGAGGACACUUCUACUGCUGGAGGUGGAGGGAUUCUUAGUGUUCUAUCCAGUAAAGUCUCUAAGGGCUACAAAAUGAUGAGCAUGCCAGUUCUAACUAAAAAGGAUAAUGUGAUACCCACUUCCGCACCAUCCACUACGGGUGGGUCUAAAAGCGGAAGCAUGACCAGCCUUUUCAAUAUAGGGUCGACUUUGGACAGCUUCAAGCUGGGAUCCAGGUCCAAAUCUCGAUCGGAUAGCGUCAAGAGCGAAAGCGAGCUAUCCGUUUACGAGGAGCCUCAAGCUGAUAUAACAACUUCUUAUCCACAAGAAGAACCUCAGGCACCACCACCGCCUGUAAGGGACACCUAUUCAGCACAACAACCCAGCGUUGAGGAAGAUCACGAUGUCUUUUACGGAACUGAAGAUGCCCAAGAAGACCCUUAUGCAACACAACCGGAUAUUCUGGAAUCUGAAUAUCAGGAUCAGAAGGAGAACGAUUACCAGGAGGAGAAUUACCAGGAUACCACCGAGUAUCCUGACGACUACUAUGAGACACAGGAGCUUCCAGAGGAGGAGGAAGAAUUUCCUUCCUCUGAGAGGACAGUGACCUUUGCUGAAGAAUCUAAAGCGGAAGAGCAAAAGCGGAAGAAGAGCAUCGCGGCCGAAGAAUUUGCCUCCCUGUUCCAGACUGUUUCCAAAGUCAGGAACCCGCCGAGGCAGCCUGAGGACUCGACCGAGUCCGGUGUUCUAACGGCCAGCGUGUCCAACGAGUCCGCUUUUUUCUCCUGUGUCAGUGACAGCCGGCAGAGCUCCAUCGCCCAGUCCGAGUACGGGAGUCUGGGUUCCAUGGAGUCUGUCGUGCCCAAUGAUCGAGAGGGUGCCAAACAAGACGGUGGAUCCCUGGAAUCGUACGGCGAUCGGGGUCUACAAGACGGAAGUGAAGAGGUACAGCAGCAGGUGAAGGAAGAGCCUGUGGAGGAGGGAGAGGGUACCGCAAAGAAGGGCAAGAAAGUUCAAUUUGAAAGUCGAAGCCCUUCAGGCGGAGAGGAGGAAGGCGCCGGAGACGACGCCAUAGACGAGGAUAAGUCGAAAAAAGCUAUCGGCAGCACCAAGAGCAAGUGGAUGAAAUUAGCGAGCGGGAAUGCGUUGCGAGGGAAUUCUACGGAUGCCGUCCGAAGCCUGUGGCCCAAGGAUGGCGGCCCGGGGGACAACCCCUUCUACAGCAACAUCGACUCCAUGCCUGACAUUCGACCCAGGCGGAAGUCCAUCCCGCUAGUCAGCGAGUUGACGAUGGCAGCGACGAAGAGAAAUGCUGGCCUCACUUCCGCUGUGCCCCGGCAGUCUCUCAACGAUGAGGAACUGAAAACCCACGUGUACAAGAAGACCCUUCAGGCCCUGAUCUACCCCAUUUCGAGCACCACUCCCCAUAACUUCCAGCCAUGGACGGCCACCUCCCCCACCUAUUGCUACGAGUGCGAAGGACUCCUCUGGGGCAUUGCCCGACAGGGGGUCCGCUGCACAGAGUGCGGUGUCAAGUGCCACGAAAAGUGCAAAGACCUGCUCAACGCCGAUUGUCUGCAACGUGCCGCGGAGAAGAGUUCCAAGCAUGGAGCCGACGACAAGGCGAAUAACAUCAUCAUGGCCAUGAAAGAACGAAUGAAGAUUCGAGAGAGGGACAAACCAGAAAUUUUUGAGCUUAUUAGGAUGACCUUCGGCAUUGAUCCCGAUACUCAUAUCGACGCUAUGGAACAAUGCGAAGAUCAAAUAAUGGAGGGGACAAGCAAGUGGUCGGCAAAGAUCGCCAUCACAGUGAUCUGCGCGCAAGGGCUCAUCGCCAAAGAUAAGAGCGGGACCAGCGAUCCGUACGUUACGGUGCAGGUGGGCAAAACAAAGAAACGCACACGCACAAUGCCUCAAGACCUCAACCCCGUAUGGAACGAGAAAUUUUAUUUCGAAUGCCAUAAUUCCUCCGAUCGCAUCAAAGUACGAGUGUGGGACGAAGACAACGAUUUAAAGUCUAAACUUCGUCAAAAGCUGACGAGGGAGUCGGACGAUUUCUUGGGUCAAACCAUCAUCGAAGUACGCACACUCAGCGGCGAAAUGGACGUUUGGUACAACUUAGAGAAGAGGACGGACAAGUCUGCCGUAUCGGGUGCCAUUCGGCUGCACAUUAGCGUAGAAAUCAAGGGAGAGGAGAAAGUCGCUCCUUACCAUGUGCAGUACACAUGCCUACAUGAGAAUCUUUUCCAUUAUCUGUGUGAACAAAACGAAAACGGAGAUGUAAAAUUGCCUGAAGCCAAAGGAGAUGAUGCAUGGAAAGUUUAUUUCGAUCAACCUGCUCAAGACAUAGUUGACGAAUUUGCCAUGAGAUACGGUAUCGAAUCCAUUUAUCAAGCUAUGACGCACUUCCACUGCCUCUCCACCAAAUACAUGUGCCAAGGGGUGCCCGCUGUGAUGAGCACCCUGCUCGCCAACAUCAAUGCCUACUAUGCACACACGGCGGCCUCCUCCGCCGUCUCCGCUAGUGAUAGGUUCGCUGCCUCCAAUUUCGGCAAAGAAAAAUUCGUGAAACUUUUGGACCAAUUGCAUAAUUCACUACGCAUUGACUUAUCCAUGUAUCGAAAUAAUUUCCCUGCAUCCAGCCCCGAAAAGCUUCAAGACUUAAAAUCCACCGUUGAUCUAUUAACUAGCAUCACCUUCUUUAGGAUGAAGGUACAAGAACUGUCUAGCCCUCCCCGCGCCAGCACCGUGGUCAAGGACUGCGUGAAGGCGUGCCUCCGCUCUACUUUCCAGUUCCUGUUCGACAACUGUUACGACCUGUACAGUCGGGAGUUCCAAGUGGAUCCCCAGGAAAAGAACCGCGAGGCAGGGGAGGACCACGGCCCCAUGAACAUGUACAGCCUCGACUUCUGGCACAAGCUAAUCGCGCUCAUGGUAUCUGUGAUAGAGGAGGACAGGAACAGCUACACGCCCGUUCUCAACCAGUUUCCUCAGGAGCUCAAUGUGGGUCAGCUGAGCGCGGCCACCAUGUGGAGUCUUUUCGCUGUGGACAUGAAGUAUGCCCUGGAAGAGCACGAAGUCCGGCGGCUGUGCAAGAGCUCCCUCUACAUGAACCUCCACUUCAAGGUGAAGUGGUUUUAUAACAAUUAUGUCAAAGAUGUCCCUCCAUACAAAGAUACAGUACCUGAAUACCCAGCGUGGUAUGAACCCUUCGUGAUGCAGUGGCUGAAUGAGAACGACGACGUCUCUCUCGAAUACCUCAACAGUGCCUUCCUGAGGGAUAAGAAGGACGGGUUCCAGCAAAGUUCGGAGCACGCCCUCUUCUCCAACUCGGUGGUGGAUGUGUUCACUCAACUGACGCAGUGCUUCGACGUCAUCAGCAAGCUCGAAUGUCCGGACCCCGAACUCGUCAAACGAUACAUGAAGAGAUUCGCCAAGACGAUAGUAAAAGUUCUGACGGCUUACGCUGACAUUGUUAAAAAGGAAUUUCCAAACUUUAUCAGCCAAGAAAAAACAGCUUGCAUAUUGAUGAACAACAUUCAACAACUGCGAGUUCAGUUGGAGAAGAUGUUCGAAUCGAUGGGCGGCGAAAAACUGGACGAGGAGGCAGCUGGAAUUUUGAAUGAUCUGCAACAGCAGCUGAACACUGUAUUGGAUGACUUGAGUGUCGUCUUUUCCAAGAGUCUGGAAGGCACCAUCCGCCAGAGUAUGCAGGAACUGAGUGCUCUGCUGUCGGCAGUGAAGGGUACAGGUCAAGUGUCCAUGACGCAGGUGUCGCAGCGCAAUGAGGUGAUGGCCGAAGCAGACCAUGUGUUGCACCCUCUCAUGGACAUUUUGGACGGGAAACUGUCAAUGUUCUAUCAGGUUUGCGAACGCACAGUCUUGAAGCGCUUGCUCAAGGAACUAUGGAAGAUUGUGAUAACUACCAUGGAAAAAAUUGUUGUGUUACCUCCCAUAUCUGAAAAGAAUGUGAUACUCCCAAACCUUCCCAAUGCCAAAAUAGAAGAUAUGGGUCGCCUGUUGAGGAACCACGUGACAGCGACCACAAAGCUGCCUUCAGCCCUCGGCGUCAUGGUGGAGAAAAACCUGACGCCGAAGCAGUGUGCCGUGCUGGACAUGGCCUUGGACACCAUCAAGCAGUACUUCCAUGCGAAUGGCAACGGCCUAAAGAAGAAUUUCUUGGAUAAAAGCGCUGAGUUGCAGAGUUUGCGGUAUGCCCUCUCCCUCUAUACGCAAACCACCGACACGCUCAUCAAGACUUUCGUCACGACGCAGCUCAAGCAGGAUGCUCCAACGGCAGAGGAAGGCAGCGUGGGGGAGGUUUCCAUCCAAGUAGAUCUCUUCACGCACCCAGGCACGGGAGAGCACAAAAUCACCGUCAAAGUGGUGGCAGCCAACGACCUAAAGUGGCCCAGCACUAGUAUGUUCCGCCCAUUUGUAGAAGUCAACCUUAUCGGCCCACACCUGUCCGACAAGAGAAGAAAACAUGCCACCAAAUCUAAGAACAACAACUGGUCGCCAAAAUACAACGAGACUUUUCAUUUCAUCAUCGGCAACGAGGAGGAGCCAUCGUCCUUCGAGCUGCACAUUUGUGUGAAGGACUACUGCUUCGCGCGUGAGGACCGCCUCGUGGGCGUGGCGGUGAUGCAGCUGCGGGACAUCAUCGAGCAGGGCAGCUGUGCCUGUUGGCUGCCGCUUGGGCGGCGGGUCAACAUGGACGAGACGGGCUGGACCGUGCUCAGGAUCCUGUCCCAGCGCACGAACGACGAAGUGGCCAGGGAAUUCGUCAAGCUCAAGUCAGAGGUCCGCAACGACGAAAACAUCCCCGUGCAGUAAGGGGACACUUUGGGACCUAUGCAUCCCCGACCGUGCGGGUCGGUGUCGUCGCCGUUGUCCCGGCCACCCACUUUAGUCCGGGACACUACUCACUCACUCGAGAAAUAUGACGCGUUCUCCGCGUCGUCUGUUCUUCCGACAUUUGCUCAUUCGAUGAACCAGUUUUUCAUUACGUGAAACUAACUCUUAUUACUCUCCUUGCCCCCUCUUUGUGUCAUAUGAACCCUACCUGUCUCACACUUAACUACUGCAUCCGAUCAUCUUUCCGAAAUGGCAAAAGAAAAAAAAAAAAUCUUUCUGCUUCGGGAAACAAAAAGGGGGAAAAACAUCUCCAGUUUCGAUGAAACAGUUCUUUUCUCUCUUUUUAAUCGAUUCUUUUCUUUUUUGUUACAAAAAGAGAGAGAACAGGACUCCAUGCAGGUCUCGUUGCCAUCUUCGUGCUUUGUAUUCCAAAGCCGAUACUGCGCAAAGCGAAUGAAAAAUCGUAGCCGAUUCGCAGAAAGAAGGAAUUAUUCAGAAGCUUGAGAACCAAAUUUAUUUAAAAUUUAAAAAAAUGAACUCCAUAACGGUGCUUUCUGAGUGUUUUGGAGUCUUUCUAAAUUUCAUAUCGAAGAAUUUAUACACAAAAAUUAUGUAAAUAUACAUUGACUUUGAAAUUUUUUAUAAAUGUGGAAAAAGAAUUUAUCGAAGUUAUGUAUUUUACUUUUAGAUUUAAGAUCUUUGCAUUUAUGUGAAAUGCUCAAUGUUUCAAUUACGAUGUAUCUUGAGUACAAAUAUUAUUCCAAUCGGAGGAAACCCGCGAUUUUGAAUACGAGCCUAUAGUUCACUUUUCUUUCGCGUUUGCUUGAGCGGUGGAUGUUCGAAAUUCGCCUUCCAAAUUGAGUCGAAAAUCAUAAUGAUCAAGUGGUUGCAGACGAUCAGUGUCCCCUUAGCUAAGCUCCGAAGUGGGAACGAGGCCUUGUAGCAGAUUUAGGCUUUCCCUACUCUUGGAACUAGUGUCGCCUCUCUCUCAAUUUAACACAAAAAAGCGGAGAUCCUAUUUCGGUGUGCAAGCAAGCUAUGUCUAAUACUAAUAAUACUAAUUGUUAUCUGUACUUUUUCUUGGGCAUACCUUUUUUACGAACAUAUAUAAAUAUAUACAUAUGUAAAUGUAAAUGCUAUACCAUGCAUUACUGUACCAUAAGUAAUUAUAAUACUAACUGGAAGAUAGUGUAAAGAAGUAGGAAAAAUACUCUUCACUCAAUGUACAUGUGAUUUUCAGCGCUGUCUUAUGUCCAGUGUGGAAUAACUAAGCGACCUGCAGAGCCGGAAGAGCCUUUAAGAUGAUUUCUUUGUUUCAAAAGCGGAUUUGGUUCAGUCCAUUCACAAAUUGAUGAGGGGUAGUAGUCCAGGAAGGAAUUUUUCCAUCUUUAUAUGAUUUGAGAUUGGGAUUUCCUAUUUGAAAAAUAUAACUAUUUAAUUUCGCUAUUUUUAUUUUUGAAACUUUUUUGUUUUUCGACGUUAUGUUAUUACGCUUUUAAUUGUAGUCGUUUCAUUCUAUAUUUCUUAAAGCACGAUGCACAUUUUAUUAAAUAUUGAAGGCUGAAUUCAAUCAUUUAAUAAUCAAGAAGUCUCGUUUGUAUCUAGUGGUAAAUGACUACAAGCAAUCAUUUGGCUUUGAUUAGUGAGAAAUUUCGAAUAAGAUGAUUCUAAUUUACUUAAAAUAAAAUAAUAUCCAAAUUAUUAUGGGGAAUCGAUUAAAACGCCUGCCAAAAUAAAUCAUAACUAAACGGAAUUCCUCGUUUCAAAACUUUGUCAUUUCCAGCAAAAACUUUAGACAAAUCACCUACAUUUUCGUUCAGAAAUGUUAAAAUUUUAUGCUUUUUGAUUUUUCAAAAUUAUUCGUUUAAUAUUAUAAUAGAAAGCUUUAAAAUUUUUAACGGAAUUUCGAAAAAAAAUCAUUGUGUUUAUUUUGAGAAAUUUAAUAUAAUUUUCUGUUUAGCAUAAAACUAAUAGCAAUAAUUAUAAUUGCAUUCUUUGAUCGGGUUAUUUAAAUAUUUCCGAUAAAAAUCAUCAAAAUACAUAAAGAAAAAUGAUCGAUAUCGAUCACUGAUUAUCAAAUAAUAUGCAGAUUUUAUUAUUUUUUUCCCCUUAUUUUAAUAACUUUAGGGAAGGGUUCACUGUAUUUUUUUUCUGUAAGACUACUACCCUUUUGAUUUAAUGUAAUUCAUUGAUUCAAAUAAACCAUUUAUCUGUUGAUGAUGUUUAAAGGACAACAAGCUUUGUAAAAAUAAAAAAGCCAACCUUCCGGCUCUGUAACCUUAAAACUAUUUCCUUUACGACUGUGAGCAUGGUGUGAAUUUCAGAUUUAUAUUUUUUUAUAUUGCAUUGUCGCGAUGAUAGGAGUUUAGAUGCAGGGAGACUGAUUUAAGUGCUUCUCUUAUUUAAGUGACUCUUAAUAAUUUCGUGUGCUACUGUGUUUUUCCCUCUUACUGCCACUCUUUCCAUCAGCACAAGAUACGGUUACAGUGACAGUCUGUCACAACACAAUAUUACCUAACUUUAAGCCAAGAAACCGCUAUGAGAGAAGAUCUCAUCCUUAACACAUUCACUUUCUAUCUGUGUGAUAUCCCCUCUAGCACUUGGCGAAUAUUUAUUCUCAAUGUGUUCAGUUUUAUUUCUAUUUAGUGGCUGAAAAUUUAAAUAAAUUAAAAUUGGUUCAUUGUGGAGUAUCAAGCUUUGGUAAUCGAACUUUUUGCCCAAUCGAAAGAGACAAGCCGCCCUUGUAAAUUUUUCUGAUUGGCUGACUGCCGAGUUGCCAGAUGUUUCACUUCUGAGAAUGAAUUCAAUUGUAUUAAUGAAAAUUCAAAUAUUGCAGCCUUAUUGCCUGUACUGUACUUCCUUACAAUCAAUUGUGUCAGAUAAUGGAAACGAUCUCUUUACUUUCUGAAAAUGGCCCAGAGUCGGUUUACUUUACAUUAUAUUCAUCAAAAGUACUUCUGAGGUAUCAUUUAGGAUUUCUUUAUAAUACUUACAAGCACGAUCUACCACUUAUUCAUUAUUUUGCAUGAUUAAUAUUCCUUUGCUGUUACACCUCAUUACAUAAAUGUGUUUUCCGUUUUUAAAGAAAUUUUUAAUGUGUGUUUAAGUGAUACUUUGAUUUAUGGAAUUAAAUUUAAACAUUCCUUCUUCUUUUUUUUUUCUUUUUUUUUUUUUUGAAUUAGUGACUUAUAAACGAAUAACUCCUGUUCCUGAUCAAAGUUCACGACAUCGAAUUUCGAGUUUAUUGUCCUAUGCAAAACAGAAAGCAUUUAAGAACAUAUAUUCGGCCCAUUUUAUUUAUAAAUAGUUAGAAGAUCAUACAUUUUAUUCAGAAAUUUUAAUAUACUGAAUGAAAAUUGUUGUUUAGACGGAGUCAAUUUGUAUUUUUAAAUUGAUAAUUAUAUUCCACUGUAAUUCCGGUACUACAAUGUAGCUAUGACUGGAUUUGCAAAAUAUUAGAUGUCAUAGUUCUAAGGGAUCCUGAAACGAGGUGUUACAUUUACGCAGGUACAUGUACACUUCUGCUAUCCUCAACUGAAAAAUAAAUAUAUGUAUUAAUAAAAUUAAUCUCCUCGAAAAUCCAAAUAUAUUCAUAAAAAUUAUUUUAAGUCAUGGAGAUUCUCUGAACUUUUCUCUUGUCAAACUAUUCCUGCCUCGGCGAGUUCUAAAUCUUCAUUUUCAAAAUCAAAAUGAAGGAUUUCCAUGAGACUUGGAUGGUGCUUAAUCCAGCAGUUGGCUCAGACGCUGGAUAUCGCGGAAUCAAUACACACAUUAGCUGAAAUGCAAGCUUGAAAUAAACAGUCUUAAAUUAAUUUUAAAAUGUUGCGGAUUUUCAGAAAGUAAUAUCAAAUAAAAAUAUAAAUGAGUUCUAAAUUAUUUCUUUCUGAAUUUUCAAUUUCUUUAAAAACAUCAAUAUUUUAAGAAAUAAUUAAGCAUCAAUUAAAAAGGAAAUGAAAUUUUUUUAUUAUUAAUAAUGGUGAUGAAUUUAGUUUCUUGAAAGUCCUACUCUAAACAUUAUCGAGGGACCCGCAUUGUCUAUUAUAUGCGCCUUAACAGGAUUUCUUUCAUAAUUUCACAAAGAAUCUGGAUUUCUACGAAAUACCAACUGUUCUGCCAUAAAGUAAAAUCUUACCUUUUCUAAGACGAUUCCCUACACAUUUUUAUGGUUGUCAUUCAGUUACCCUGCCUAAACAAUUAUUGACAUUCAGUAUAUGCAAUCGAAUUGAACAGAUCGAUGACUGGAGUGAAAUUUUAAGGACCUUCGUUCAUAGUCCACUGCCAAAUAAAGUGGCCCUAAGAACGAGUGAACUUUUCGGUCUGAGAUUAAAAGUUUUGCUCCAAAUACAAAAAUGCUUAAUUUGGUAAGAUGAAUUAGCAAACUGAAUAAAAGACUAAACUGUUCACCAAAACAGGAUGCCAAAAUUAAUGAUAUUGAAAAACUGUGAAUGUCCUGAAGCCAGUUUUUCUAAGCAACAUUCCUUCUUUACUAAGCAUUUAUUUAUUUUUUUGAUCCAACAAUAAUCUGCUUUAGGCUUUUAUUUAUUUUGGGGACUAAUUUUGAGUUAAUUACUCUCCAACUACUGUGAUUUAUAAUAUAAAAUAUUUUUUUGUAUGUUGUUUCUAGUCAUUAUCACUUUUCCCACAAAAUAUUCUAGUCAAGCAGUCCGUAAAAUUGUCGACGGUGCACGCCAAAUGUAGUUAAUUUGACAUAAAUUUACAAAUGUUUUAAUAGUUAUUUGUAGUGAAUGAAAUCAGAAAUUUAAUGAUUAAAAUACAACUAAUAAGUGCAUUGAGCUGUCGGUUUUCAAUUGUACGCUUAAUUUAGUCGGGGAAUCGACGAAAUAAAUCAUGUCAAAGAAAAAUGCAAUUGUUUUGAAGUACUGGUUAAUAACUCCUGUUACCGGUAUUAUAUAAAUUUUUGAUAUUAAUAUAUUUUAAAGCCUCUGGUAUAAAUUGGUGUGCACUAUGAUUAAUAUUAAAAGACAAAUGCUAAAGGGCAGAUGGAGUUAACUGAGCCAUUUGAAAUUUUUAUUUAAAAAAAAUUAAUUUAAUUUGUACUUUCUUCAUCCAUUUCGCUGGAGAUACAACUUAUUUUUGAACAAAAUUAUAAGCCUAAAAAUCCAUUUUUUUAGUUCGAAAUGUACGAAAAGGCACACAAUUCUUGCUGCCAUAAUUAGUACUUUGAAUUCCCCAUAGAAUUCCAAGAACAAUUUUUAAAGUUUCUUUUUCUUUUUUCCCCAUUAUUAAGGCGUUUGAAAGAAAUAAUAUUGUUUUAUUUUGAUGAUAGGAUAUUUUAUAUUCAUUCUAUGUUGAUUGUCAAUAAAUUUCUUCCCGGAAUUAUUUUUAAGCAAAAACGAAUGAAAUCAGCUGGCCUCAGAUUCUCCACUGAGCAAAGAAAUGUAACAACUAAAUUUUUGAAUCUUCUUAACUCAUUUGUAAGUUAACUUAAAAGCAGAAAUAAAAGUUAUUUUGAAACAUGUUUUGUCUUUUACACAAGCAUUGAAUUGUAACUAUCGAUUAUUAUUUCCAUACAAUUUUUAUGUGCAUCUUCCAUUAAGCGUUCAUAUGCAAAGGCUCUGUUAACUCUUUUUUUUAAUUUCGUCUGAUUAACAAAUACUGCUCUACACUCAAUUUCCUUUUUGAGGGUCAUUUUUAAUAAUAAAACUGAAGCUAGUUUUUAAAAGAAUAAUACAUUUUCUCUUGUUAUAUCCAUGAUUUUCCUUCUUACUUAAAAUAAGUUCCGUAAUUUUCUGUCAUGUUGGCAUUGUAAAUGUUUCAUUUAUUAAUUUUCAAAGUACCAGUCAUAAUUUUGAAAUCUCAUUGUUAAAAAAAAAUUUUAGACUUUUUUUAACGAUGUGUCACAUUUUAGAUACUGUCUGGUGUUUAUUUUAGUAAUGCAAAUGAAAAGAAAAUUAGUUUUCAAUGAAAGUAUUUCACCAUUUGAAGAGUUAUAGUAUUUUGAAAUUGUUGUUAAAAAACAAAAAAAUUAUCUGUUAGACUCUCUUAUUUGCUCUAAUCAAGUGACUGAGAAACAAACCCUGAAAAAGUAAAAUUAAAGAUGUAUUUCAGACAUUGCAAAAUUGGCCUUUUUAUCAUUUAUUGCCAGAAGGUAAAUAUUUUGUAUGAAUUAUUAAAAGUUUUAAAAAAUCAAAAGCAGUUUUUUUACUGCGCUUAUUUUAUGAGAAGUCAAGUAUUACUUUGAAGAAGUUACAUGCUUGUCUUUUCCAUAGAUAAAAUGUUUAUAUAAAAAAAGGAAAUAUUGAUAAUGUUCGUUUUUGUAAGUGUUAUUCAUUUGUUUGUGUAACUGUUACAUAUUGUUUUAUUUUUUUACUUUAAAAAAAUAGAUGCUAAAAUCAUGUUUGAAAAAAAAAAUUGUUUUUCUAUAGCUAUUGUAUUGUUUGAAGAAAUAUGUUGCACGCUAAUAGCAACCUUCCUCCAUAUUGCAAUUCUCUAUUUUGACUGUAGAUUAUGUCUCCAUCGUUAUGUUUCAGAAUAACUGUUAUGGAAUAUUUAAAUUUUUAAAAACUAAAGUUAGCAUCUAAUAGUUAAAUAUAUAUUUCAGUUAUGUGGCUUUUAAAAUAUAAGCAUUAAAAUCUUUUUCUGGAGAUAUAAUCUUUGUUAAGAAAAUAACAUAUCUAUUAUAAAGUAAGAAUGUUUUACAGUGAAAAAAAAUUCUAUAUUUGAAAUUUAGAUAAAAUAAGUAUUAGUUCCCGAUUGCUUAUUGUUUCCGAAUAAAGAUGUUUUAAAAAUAAGGUCAAUUGUAACGUAAGCUGUGUGAUAAAAUGAACAAUUGUUAAACUUUGAGGUGUUGAAUAGAAUGUCAAAUUGUUUAAAUGUACUAUACACAUAUAUAGACUUAUGACUAUGUAUCUAUGUAAAUAUGCAAAUAUCUUUUUUAUACAUGGAAAACCUUUAAUUCUUAAAAAUUAAUAUGUUGUGUGACUUUAAAGUCUAUCGCUCUAAUAUUGUGUGAAAAGCAUUUCAUUUUCAAUUACUUUUGUAUAUUGUGUAUAUUUGAAAGUUCAGCCUGUACUCCUUUACAAAAAUGAAACGCGUACAAUUUUAUUCAUUUAAAAGGAAAAAAACUCCAGGAAGAUUGGACUGCCUUUGUUUAAGUCUUUUGUAUAGAGGUGGAAAGUGCUUACUUUCUACAUCCUUCCCUACGCAAUUUGCUUUAAAGAAAAUGAACCUGAACUGUUCAAAGUACGUCUUUAAUGAAUUUUUUUGUCAACAAAUUAAAAAUUGAAUAAACUAUUUCAAGCAGAACAUCUUCUUUGAAAGCCUUCAGACAUUGUACAUAUAAUGUUUUCAAUGAUCAUUUCAUAGUUCGUAUUUUAUAUUUUUAAUUCUCUCUAAUUACCUUUGUCUGUUCUGUAUUUUGUAUUUAAAAAAAAGCGAAAAAUUAAAACUUGUGUGUGAUAAUGAA